GCGACUCAGACGACACCGCGUCUUGCACCAACGACGAAGGCAGCAUGGAGUCGCCGGAGCAAUGGGGUGGAAGGCCUUGGAAGCAGAAAGGGCUAGGAGCAGUCUCUGACCCGCGGUCACGUGCCCAGCGCCCGCCAUCUUCCGCUUCCGUUACUUCCUGGUGCGAUCGCUGCAUUGGUCCGGCUGGGCGCUGGACUUGCUUGGUUCUCCCGUACUGUAUCUGAUCAUCUACACAACUACCCUUUCCCUGGUCCCAGCGGGAGGGACAUGAGUGUCCCCGGGCCUCCAACUUCGGACGGGGUCUUGGCAUCGCCACCCGACGAUCUGGGGUCUGGAGAGCAGAUGCCGGGUUUAAGUGACACUUCUCCAGAUGAAGGGUUAAUAGAGGACCUGACAGCAGAAGACAAAGCUGUGGAGCAACUGGCAGAAGGAUUGCUUUCUCACUACCUGCCUGAUCUGCAGAGAUCAAAACAAGCCCUCCAGGAACUCACACAGAACCAAGUUGUAUUGUUAGACACACUGGAACAAGAGAUUUCAAAAUUUAAAGAAUGUCAUUCUAUGUUGGAUAUUAAUGCUUUGUUCACUGAAGCAAAACACUACCACACCAAGCUGGUGAAUAUAAGAAAAGAAAUGCUGAUGCUUCAUGAAAAGACAUCAAAGUUAAAAGAAAGAGCACUUAAACUGCAGCAGAAGAGGCAGAAAGAAGAGCUGGAAAGAGAGCAACAACGAGAGAAGGAAUUUGAAAGAGAAAAGCAGCUGACUGCCAAACCAGCAAAAAGGACAUGAACAGUUGAAUGUGUUUAUUCUUCCUUCACCUGUCCCAUAUUCUUUGGAUUUAAGAUAACUUAAGUGUAGACUGAAGUGAAGGUAGUGCCUUUUACUAUUGUGUCCUGUUUUGAAAUCCUUUCCCCAGGAAUGUUGUCUCUUUAUGUUCAUUUUAGCCAUUUAAGAAGCUACUUUUUUUUUCCUAAGUAGAAGACACAAUGUCACUUGGUUUGGGUAUUUAUGGGUAAUUUUUCAACUUUCGUUUUGCUUAAUUGUAAAAUUUAUUAUAAAUUCAUUUGGCCUUGAAUCAUUUAUAAACUGGAAAAUUGUUUGAUUGCUUUUUUAAUAGUCUAGACUUUAAAUGGUUAAAAAUUAUUAUUUGGCAAUACAAUGCUGGUUUUUGGCAACUGCCUUUUCAUUGUGUAGGUAAGAAAAAAUGCCAACAUUCAAUCACAUGUUGCUGGAAAAGAGGUGGUGUAAGCUUUGUGAAGAACACGAUAGAACAGUGUGUACACAAUAAAUAAUAGCAUCUUAGACGUAGGAUAGGUGAGCAAGAUGCCAGACAGAGCCCACUAACCGUACACGUUGCCUCCUAGUGGUGUUUGCCAUUUAGUUCUUGUGCAGCUUCUGGGUUUGCAGUAGAUUGCUCUUCCUAAAGUUUGGCAGGGGUGGUGGUAAAGCUGUCACACACUCAAACAUGUUUAAGUAUUUAUAAUACUUAGUAAGAGUCACCACACAUUGAGAUACAGUUGUCAAGCUGAUAAGAUAGUGAGCUCAACUUUCCAAGUGGAAAAUCUAAUUGCUAGUUCUGUCCUCUGAUUUGCUGUGUGGCCUUACAUGUGGUUACUUUUUUUGUGCUUUUAACAAAUUCUUAAAGUAGAAUGGUAGAUACCAACUACCAAUUUUAUAGAUAAUUACAAGAAUUGUGCAAAAUUGGUAAAUGGCUUCUUCACAGAAAAGAUAGCAUGAUGCUGUUAGUGUCUUCUAGAUAUACACCCCCUAAUAAUAUAAGUAGAAACUUACAUGAGGGGAAUAUGAAGUUUCAUUGUUUAAGACUGAGAAUAUAUUAUUUACUGUUUUAGUAUUCCUUAACGUCCUGCUGGUCCCAGUCUGAUACACAGAGACUGUACAGAAUCUAUAAAGGUGUGUGAUUAGAAUGUGUAUCUUUUGUAAUCUACAUUACAUUUUUGAUGAGCUGGAAUCAAUACCUCUGGUCACAUAUCAGGAUAAUUAAUGAUGAAGAAGGCAUUAGAUUUAAGUUGAGUGCUAAGAGCUGGUCUGUUUAAAGGUUUAGUUUGUUUGAAAGCUUUUUCCUUUAAUGAAUGAAUUAUGAUCUCACAAUUCACUUGACUUUGACCUUACGUUAAGAAUAUAUUUUAAAAGGCUACCUGUUGCCUGAAUUGCUGAAUGUACUCACCCACAAUCUAAAAAAGGCUGGGCACUGUUUCUCAGAGUGGUCUGUGGACCACCUGCAGUGAUUAUUUAAAUGCUGGUUCCUAGACACCACUCUAAAACUGCUGAAACAAAUCUGUUUUACUUUUUAAAAAAAGUUUCCUCAAGUGAAUACAUGCACUUUAAAAGUUGGGAACCACUGGUCUAGUGGUCUUAGUCAGAGGUUUCCCCCUUAGACUGCCUAUCAUUAUCUCCUGGGCACUUAAAAAAAACCCAGACAUUCAGGAAGAUUCUUACUCAACAGUCCUGAGGCAGGAAGGACUCCAUGCAGAUUUUAAAGAGCUCCCCACACUGGUCUAGACUAUUUUGUAAUUUAUAUUUAUAAACAGUGAAAUAGUUUAAAAAGCCAUCCAGUAACUUUGGGAUUAAUCUUGUGAAAUAAAUUCUGAAUUGCUGCUUUUGAUAUAAAGUCAGGUUUAAGAGUGAAAUACAUAGCAGACAGGAAUAAAGAAAUCUGGUUAAUUAAUUGAACUUUUUAUGACCUGUAUUAAAAUAAAUCAUGUUUACUGAAUAAAUGGCAAUGCACAUAUACUUUUAGAGUUGUAUUAUUUUACUUUUGAAGAUUUUCAAAAAUAUUGACGUUAUAUAUUAGCAUCCACUAUUUUUAGGUCAGUUGGAAAUCAAAGUACUGUUACCUUGAUAAUUAAAAUCUAACUUUAGUUGUAUUUUAGUAGCUUAGAAACAUAUCUUAGCAAACCUGGAUAGAACCCUUACAAUUAGUCUUACUGUAUUUUUACACAAAAUAAUGAAUUGGUCCUUGGGUUGAAAAAAAUGGCCUUUGAUUUUUGGGUUGAAAAAUAUUACCUUUGUUUGGAAACUGUAUCACAAGUACUGAACUAAAAUGAUGGAUGUUGACUUUGUAGGAUGUUAUCAUGUAGAUAUAUAGAUCUAUGUAUAGAUGUGGAAUGUAACAUGGAUUAUGUCGUCUGUGAGUUUUUGUUUGGAUAGUUUAUAAAUAUGACAGUUAUAAACCCUCA